CUGAACAUUUUCACAAUGGCGAGAUAGAGGGAAAAAUGGGGACGUAUCUCAGGGCUAAAAGGAAAACGUAAAUUUCGUAGAGAGUUACUUUUAAGUGAUAGUGCUGGAAUGUUAAACGAUCAUAGCGAUCAGAAGAGGAGGACGGCUUAGGUGGAGGGUAUGUGGACACUGCGGUGCUGCGCGGAAUAACGUUAGCUAGCUACAGAGGAUUGAAACCGACCAGCAUCAAUUGGACCAACAGUAGCAGGAGACGGCUUUCUUAUCAUGAGAGAGUGCGAGCCCAGUUUUCUGGAAGGUCCUUCAAAGUAACCGUUAUAUUCGUCGUUGAAAGAGACCUUUUCCUCAACAAGAAGCAAGCACAAGUUGGUUUAGUUUAGUGGAAUGGCAGGGAGAAGCCGACGAGCAUGGUUCAGUGUUCUUUUGGGACUGGUUGUCGGAUUCACUCUGGCUUCCAGACUUAUUUUGCCAAGGGCUACCGAGUUAAAGAAAGCUGGUCAGAAACGCAAUAAAGCAAGCACCGGCGGCUGUGGGAUACACAGAGGACUGAGGAAAGAAUACGGCGGUGGGCUGGUAUGGCCACCCCAAGAUAACGGUAUGCUGGCAACUGAGAAGCCAGUCCCAAGCUCCAAUUUUCUUUUCGUCGGCGUCAUGACUGCCCAGAAGUACCUGAACAGCCGUGUUGUAGCGGUACAUAGGACCUGGGCUCGCACGAUACCAGGCCGUGUGGAGUACUUCUCCAGCGAGGGCUCGGACACGAGUCUCCCUAUGCCGAUCGUGGCCCUGAAGAAUGUGGACGACUCGUACCCUCCUCAGAAGAAGUCUUUCAUGAUGCUCAAGUACAUGCACGACCACUACCUGGACCAGUAUGAGUGGUUCAUGCGAGCUGACGACGACGUCUAUAUCAAGAGCGACCGUUUGGAGAGCUUCCUGCGCAGCCUGAACAGCAGCGAGGCCAUCUUCCUGGGCCAGACGGGCAUGGGCGCUCGGGACGAGCUGGGCAAGCUAGCCCUGGAGCCCGGCGAGAACUUCUGCAUGGGCGGCCCCGGGGUGAUCAUGAGCCGGGAGGUGCUGCGACGCAUGGUGCCGCACAUCCGCCAGUGCCUGCAGGAGAUGUACACCACGCACGAGGACGUGGAGGUGGGACGCUGCGUGCACCGCUUCGCCGGGGUGCAGUGCGCCUGGUCCUACGAGAUGCAACAGCUUUUCUACGAGAACUACGAGCCCAACAAGAAAGGCUACAUUCGGGACCUGCACAACAGCAAGAUCCAUCGCGCCAUCACCCUGCACCCCAACAAGAACCCUCCUUACCAGUACCGGCUGCACAGUUACAUGCUGAGCAGGAAGAUCGCCGAGCUGCGCCACCGCACCAUCCAACUGCACCGCGAGAUCGUCCAGAUGAGCCGCCUCACCAACACCGAAGUCCGCCGGGAGGACCAGCAGCUGGGCAUGGCGCCGUCGUUCAUGCGCUUCCACCCACGGCAGCGCGAGGACGUCCUGGAGUGGGAGUUCCUGACGGGCAAGUACAUUUACACCUCGGCGGACGGGCAGCCUCCGCGCAGGGGCAUGGACGCCUCGCAGAAGGCGGCCCUGGACGACAUCGUCAUGCAGGUGAUGGAGAUGAUCAACGCCAACGCCAAGACCCGCGGCCGCGUCAUCGACUUCAAGGAGAUCCAGUACGGGUACCGGCGGGUCAACCCCAUGCACGGCGCCGAGUACGUGCUGGACCUGCUGCUGCUGUACAAGAAGCACAAGGGCAAGAGCAUGACCGUGCCCGUCCGGCGGCACGCCUACCUGCAGCAGACCUUCAGCAAGAUCCAGUUCCAGGAGGAGCAGGAGAUGGACGCCAAAGACCUGGCCAGCCGGAUCAACCAGGAGUCGGACUCGCUCUCCUUCCUGUCCAACUCCCUCAAGAUGCUGGUGCCCUUCAAGCUGGGCAGCUCCAGCUCGGACCAGCGGGAGCCCAAAGAGGAGCGGAUCAACAUCCUGGUGCCGCUCUCGGGCCGCUACGACAUCUUCGUCCGCUUCAUGGCCAACUUCGAGAAGGUCUGCCUCGUCCCCAACCAGAAUGUCAAGCUCCUCGUGCUGCUCUUCACCACCGACAACGUGACGGAGCGCGUGCGGCAGGUGGAGCUGAUGAGGGAGUACCACGCCAAGUACCCGCGCGCCGACAUGGAGAUCAAGCCCGUGUCCGGGCCCUUCUCCCGAGCUUUGGCCCUGGAGGUCGGUUCGGCCCACUUCACCAACGACUCGCUGCUCUUCUACUGCGACGUGGACCUGCUCUUCACCGCCGACUUCAUGAAGCGCUGCCGAGACAACACCAGGCUCGGCGAGCAGACCUACUUCCCCAUCAUCUUCAGCCAGUACGACCCCAAGGUUGUCUACGCCGGAAAGGUUCCCAGCGACAACCACUACGUCUUCACCACCAAAACGGGCCUGUGGAGGCACUACGGCUACGGCAUCGUGUGCGUGCACAAAGGGGACCUACAGAAAGCCGGUGGCUUCGACGUCUCCAUACAGGGCUGGGGUCUGGAGGACGUGGACCUCUUCAACAAGUUCGUCCAGUCGGGACUCAAGCAGUUCCGCAGCGUUGACACUGGCAUCGUGCACGUCCACCAUCCUGUAUUAUGUGACCCCAACCUAGACCCCAAACAGUACAAAAUGUGUCUGGGCUCCAAGGCGUCGUCGCACGCCUCAACACAGCAGCUGGCUGAACUGUGGUUCGAAAAGAACGAUCAGGCCUUCCGCAAACUGGGAGACAAUGGGUCAUCGAGGACAGAGUGACCUGGGCAAGGACAACGAAGGCCUGACGUAUUCCUCGAAAUGGUGUUUUUUUGUUAAAACUACCUAAUUUAUUUUUACAGAAGAGACUUAACAUGGAUAUAUUUUGGAAAUAACUUAAAAAGAUAAAAACACACACCAACAUUCACACAAACAUGAGCACAUCAUCAUCAUCAAAAAAAAAAAAAAAAAAAUCAUCAUUUUUUAACAAUGCAGAACAUCUGCAAGGAAGCCUGUAAAUGUAAGUGAGUCAGUGAGGUUGUUGUUUUGUUUGUUUAUUUUAAAGAUUGAUGAGCAGUCAGUUCAAAGAUACUCCAGAACAAAUGUUUAGUAAUGCGGUGUAUCUCAGGGAAAUACACCGGUAGCGAGCCGAAUUUUAAACAUUCGUGAGAGAUGGCAUAUUGGUAUUGAUAUUCAUCCUAGAAGGGCUGUUGAUUUUGAGCCGUGGUAUUGGGUUUAAUGUGUUUUAUUUUUUAUUUUUAUUUUUUUUUUCUGAAUGUUUACACAGAGAUACAUGAACAAAUAGUUAAUUUUGGGGCAGGGGAAAUAAAUUAUAGUGUUUAACAUUAUCAUUAAGGGCCUGUGUGUUUUAUAUGGUUUUGAAAAUUGGAAUAACACUGUUUUUUCAUGGAGUUAGGUUCUGUUUUAUUAUUUUACUUAUGUGAACAAAACUGCUGGAUUUUACUAUCUCUGAUUCCAUUGUUUUCUCUGUCUAAUUUAUUUUAAUAUGCAGUCUUGUUUUACAUUACUUGACUGAGAGUAUGUAUAUUAGAAAGAUUGUAUUACCAUCGCAGUCAUGCCUAGUGUUCUGUUCAUGUCUUUCUCUCAAAUUAAUUUGAUUUACCAAAGACCUUUUGCACAGUUGCUGUAGACGUUGAUGUGGUUCUGUGAGUGUUUGUGUGCUUGUGGUACCGUAGCCUGUGUGUGUGUGUGUGUGUGUGUGUGUGUGUGUGUGUGUGUGUGUGUGUGUGUGUGUGUGUGUGUGUGUGUGUGUGUGCGCGCGUGUGUGUGUGUGUGCGUGUGUGUGUGUGGUGUAGGCCGAGGAGCAGGCGUGAACAUUAUUUGUACUGUAGGAGGAGUGCUGACUGGCUAUGCUACACCGCCUUCUCAGAUCGCCUGUAAAUACACCCUUGUGAUCCUGAUAGGUCUGAUUGGUUUUUAUGAAGCUGGUAGGUCUGGCUGAUUUUUAUUUUAUUUUUUUUUAUCUCUCACUCUUUCUCUCUCUCUCACUCUCUCUCUCAAUCUCUCUCUCUCUCUAUCUAUGUCUUUU